UCGCUGGUCGACACUCCCGUCGAUUUCGUCGCCGUCACUGUCGCCGUCGCCGCUCUAUGCCAUAACCCGUCUGCAUCCGUCUCUGCCAUCACCACCAGUCGUGCCGCUUAACCCCGAAACCCCGACCCUCGCCCACCAUGUCCGACAUUGAGAAGUCGUUCGUGUUCCUCCAGGACAACCUACCGCAAUGGCUGCAGGACAUUGCCAGCAUCCAAGAGAAGGUCGCGGCCAUGCAAGCCGAUAAUACGAAAGUGCCCGUAUCGCAGUCACCGUUCGGGAAGCGGACCGACUCCACCGCGUCCAUACGACCCGCACUAGACGCCAUCGCAGAGGACGCAGCGCCUUCCAACGCAACACCUACAGACGCCGUCGCAGGUCGCAAACGCAAGUCGCUCUCCGCCUCGUCCGGCCGCGAACCUGGCACCGCCCGCCAUCGCCCUCGAACCAUGGUGGUUGUCAACUACGAUGGAGACGUGCAGAAGUCGUUUGAACUGCUCGUGCGGGCAAUAGGGACUGGACGCAACAUGUUACGUAAGGCUAAGAUGGAGGCCAGAAUGAAUGAGAUGGCCACCCAGGCAGAGUCAAGUGCAGAGGAGGAUGACGUGGACGACGACGACGAAGAGAUUGACCUAUCUAAAAUCAACUACCGAGCCCGCAUGUCAUCUUUACGCGCAAGAUCCGCAGCCAGGAGAAGCGGCCGAUUAGGCGUCAGCAGUGGCGUAGAGACACCUGCCGUGCUAUUCGAUACCUCGGACAAGACCUUAGAGCAAGCUCAAGAGCUGUGCGAGAAGUCGGCGCAUCUCACGUUACGUGACGGCGAUUGUAGAACAGAGCUGGAGGGAGUGCGAAGGAACUUUGAGACUGUAUUGGAGACGGCAAAGGUCGAGGUGGAGAAGUGCAAUGCACGCAAGGCACAAGAUCCACCUGAAUUACAGGCGCACGAGACCUCCGACACGUCUGUGUCUUCCCUGGAGCCCGAGAUGAUAUACCGGAAAGACACUCCGCAAUCCGUACCACCACCACCCGAACUCGAUACUCAACCCAAGACCACAUUGGCAACACAGCCUGUGACUACUCCACAACCACUGAAGAUCGUCAACAUUGAGGUUGACGAAGACGACGAUGAUGAUGACUUCGUACUGCCGCCUGUCCGGCUAACGUCGCGACUGAACCGUCGGGGUUGAUCUACGUAACCCCAUCCAUUUGUUUUUUUAUUUCAAGCGUUCAAGCGAUUUCCAUCUCAGCUAUUGCUCUCAUCACGGCGUUUCGAAUGCAUUACGGGCGCAUGCGUGUUUCACGCAUCAUGUUGGGGACGAAAAUGGAAGGCGGGGGCUUAUAUCCACAUGCAUCACUAAACAUCUUUUGGGUGUCGGCGUCUUACAGCGAGGCAUCGUUGCUGCUAUCUUCCAGCGUAUUCAAUCUAUCUCCAAGUUAUCCAUGCAUUCUGUCGCAAAGACAAUCCGCGUUCGUCAGGUGACUUUUGAAAUGUUCGUAAU